AUGGCUGGCAUUGGAACAAUCCCGAGUGGUGUGCCAGUUAUGGCGAUAACGGCAGCAGCACCCCAAUACCCCAAGAGCGAUGACAUGGCAGACUUCGGCGACUUUGUGCGCACUGAGGACGAGGAGCUUGAUCUCGAAGAGGUUGUCGAGCCCUGGCAUAAGUACAGUAUUAAGGAAACCCCACAUGUCUUCUAUCCCAUUUGUGUCGGAGAAGUGCUCGAGGAGAGAACGAUGUCCAUGGCGACUCGCAUGUCUGCUGCCCAGCAAUUGCUAAAGGCAUUGGAAAAUUUACACAAAGCCGGUAUUGUACACCGCGAUUUGAAUGAGAGGAACUGUAUGUGGGGGAUGCUUCCUCUCCACAAUUUCAACAGGAGUGCUAAAUACGAGGCACUCGGUCGGCCAUUAAAGCAAACCAUACCAUUUGUUGAGCUCUGGAAGCGAGGAGAGCUUGUUCGUCCCGUUGAGGUUCCUGAGAACCUACGCACAGAGGAAUUCUAUCUCGGUGACUUUGGUCUGGCGAUGAACCUCGGCGACCCCGUGACUCAACACGGCUAUCCGCCUAUGCAAUUUUGCUCCCCGGAUCGACUUCAUAAGAAAGACCCAAGUUUGGCCUGCGACAUGUGGAGUUACAUGGUCAUCUUCGCAGAGCUCUACCUGGGCUACCCGCCUUUCCCUACCUGGCUGAAAGGCGGAAUUAUAGCUGGUAUUGUCAGAUGUUUGGGUCCACUACCUGAGCAGUGGAGGGGCCUUUACACUCACCCCGGAGGCCUUGAUUCCUGGUAUGAUCAGCGUAAAACGCCCGAUCCAAAUCAUGACCUUGCAUCAACAAUUGCAUACUUCCGUCCCGAAGCUGAUCCAAUUGAGCGAGAGUAUGUGCACUCCCUUAUGUGUAAAGUAUUUACUUACUGUCCAGAGAAACGUCUGACCGCAACACAGCUUCUGCGGGACCCUUCAUUCAGAGCUAUCAUGGACAAAUAUGGCUGUUGA